UUCAGUGGGUAAGUCAGCCCAAAAGGCGUACGGGGCAGUGCGUCGACAUGAACUGAGACAUUUUCACAAGUGCCUUCUAGCUAUGUUCCCGCUGCAAGGUCGUGUAGAUAACAGUUGACAUUAGAUCACCGCUAGUACUCUAAAUCCCACACAAGAUUUUGGUUUAGUGGUUUUAAGUGAAAAGAAGACGUCGACGCCCUCGAAAAGCAAAUGGGACUCUGACACCGCUCUCAACUUCGAAUUUCCCGCGAUCUCCACAACCCACUUCGGCAACGCGCGUGACAACCUCCCCCUCCGGAGCCCCCCCGUGCCAAGGGAGCCUCGCGAGUGAGCAGCGGCGACCAUCACAGCCACACCGGACGCCCCAGACACACCCACGCCCAGCCCAGACAUGGAGGGCGAUGAGAAGAACAAGAGCAAAUCUGCGGGAGGCGGCGGAGGUGGCGGAGGAGGAGGAGGCGGAGGAGGCGACGGCGGAGGCAUGGAGAUGAGCCAGUACGGGUUGAACGGCACGUCGCUCCCUCAGACGCCCAACGACGCCGGGCAAGUGGCGGCCAUGGCGGAGCACACCCUGCGAGGCACCUGGUCCAACCACCUCGACUUCAUCCUCUCCCUCGUCGGCAAUGCCAUCGGUAUCGGCAAUGUGUGGCGGUUCCCUUACAUCUGCUACAAGAACGGUGGAGGUGCCUUCUUGAUUCCCUACGUGCUGACGGUGCUGUGCUGCGGCGUGCCCACGUUUUUCCUGGAGGUGUCCAUGGGCCAGUACUUCGGCACGGGCGGCCUUACCGUGUGGAGGAUAACACCCAUCUUCAAGGGUGUUGGCUAUGGCGCCGCUGUCAUGUCCGUGUGGCUUAACAUCUACUACAUUGUCGUCUUGUGCUGGGCGCUUUUCUACUUCUUCCAGAGUCUCACUGCCCAGCUACCAUGGGGCUCGUGCAACAACUGGUGGAACACUGAGACCUGCGUGUCCCCCUACGCCCGCAACAGGCUCGAAUGCUGGGACGAAUCCUACAAUUCCACCGCCAACGAAACCUUCUGCACCGUCGGCAACCUUACGAGGGUCAGCGUGUUGAACAUCACCGAUCCCGUCAAGGAGUUCUGGGAAAAACGGGCUCUGCAAAUUUCCGAAGGCAUUGAUCAUCCAGGAACCGUCCGCUGGGAGUUGGCCCUGACUCUCCUCCUGGCCUGGAUCCUCUGUUACUUCUGCAUCUGGAAGGGCGUCAAAUGGACUGGAAAGGUGGUGUACUUCACGGCCCUGUUCCCGUACAUCCUCAUGGUCAUUUUGUUCAUCCGUGGCGUGACUCUCCCGGGCGCCAUGACGGGCAUUCGCUUCUACCUGAUUCCUGACAUCGCUAAGUUGGCGGACAUCACGGUGUGGGUGGAAGCGGUGUCACAGGUGUUCUGGUCCUACGCCCUUGUGUUGGGCUCGCUUAUCGCUCUCGGAUCCUACAAUAAGUUUGAUAACAACUGUUAUAAGGACUCGCUCAUCCUCUGCACCAUCAACUCCUGCACGUCCUUCUUCGCCGGCUUCGUCAUCUUCUCCGUCGUCGGAUUCAUGGCGGAGGCGCAGCAGAAGUCCGUGGCUGACGUGGCUGCUUCAGGACCCGGUCUGGCGUUCCUGGCGUACCCGACGGCGGUGCUGCAGCUGCCCGUGUCUCCCCUGUGGUCCGCGCUCUUCUUCCUUAUGGUACUCAUGCUUGGACUCGACUCUCAGUUCUGCACGAUCGAGGGCUUCAUCACGGCCGUGUCUGACGAGUGGCCUAAAUACCUGCGCAAACACAAGGAACUCUUUAUCCUUAUCGUGUGUGUUCUCUCCUACCUGGUUGGCCUGUCGUGCGUCACGGAGGGCGGAAUGUACGUGUUCCAGAUUCUAGAUACCUACGCAGCCUCCGGAAUGUGCCUCAUCUCCUUGAUCAUGUUCGAGUGCCUGGCCAUCAGCUGGGGCUUCGGCGCCGACAGAUGGUACGACUGCGUCAAGGAGAUGAUCGGAUAUUACCCCUUCUUCUGGUGGAAGUUCUGCUGGAAGUUCAUUACGCCCAUCACUUGCUUCAGCGUGUUCAUGUUCAACGUGGUGAUCUGGUCUCCUCCCAAGUACGUGAACUACGAGUUCCCAGGCUGGACCCACUUCAUCGGCUGGCUCAUGGCGCUGUCCUCCAUGCUGUGCGUCCCGGGCUACGCCAUCUACAAAUUCAUCACCUCCCCCCACCCCGGCACCUGGAAGGAGAGACUAUUAGCAAUCACAAAGCCGGAACUGGACUUGGAAGCCUUGAAAAACAAGUACACCAGCGCCAGCAUGCAGGAGGCCACCGCCGUGUAGAGCCCCCGCCUGAUAAGCCCGAUAAAUCCCACACACCUCCGCGAUAUCGCUGCUUAGUAGGGGGGACGACUGCGAGGGGGGUAGGGGGAUGCACUUCUUAUCAUCCAGCUCCGCCUCCUUGUGGAUUCUGCAAGCGUUCUUUGAGAGAGAGAGAGAGAGAAAGGGAGGAGAGUCUUCGUUCUUUCUUCGUUGUGGACUCGGCAGUGAUAAGGGUGCUCCAGAAUUUUGUCUGAAUUACCGUUUUCUUUUUCUCUUCUUUUCUCGUUUUCUUUUUUGUUUUAUCCAAUUUGUACUCUUGUGCGUUGCACUUCUUUUCGCACUCUAUUCGGUUAUCUGUUUUGCUCCAGGGUCACACGCUGCCAUUAUCACUGUUUGUGCGGAUGUCUGCAGGUUUCAAAGUGAUCUGCACAAAAAAAGGUGACAUGGAGUGUGCUGUUCCCUUGGACGGAGGAUUUUCGGAUACUGUAGGAAUUGAGGAUCACCCGUCAGCACCCACAAAAGCACACCCCACCCCUUCACCGACUCACUUGCACCACCCCUUCACCAAGACCCAUAACCCCCCACCACCACGUCCUUCCCCUCCCUCCUGCUCCUCCUCCGUCCCCCCCUACUGGCGGCUUGUAAGGGCACGUUCCCCUCGAAGAAGCUGGAACCACCUCCGGACGCCGCUGUCGCCGUUCCGUUGCGCCGCUUCUCACCAUGUUCUCCGAGGAGUAGACGAGGAACCAGCUUUACUCUCAUCCUCGUGGGGAUGGCAACAGCAUCAGGAAAGGCAGCAUCCCCACGCGUUGUCGGGGCGUAAUCUUGUUGUUCGUUUCUGUUGUAUUUUAAUUUGUUUGUGUUCUCUCUGAUGGGCAUUAUCCAGGUCCGGGGUAGGAGACUUCGGUUAUAUUUUAUCAUAUGAUAAGAUUUUUGGUAUCAUCUUUUUUUUUAGCUUUGCAUUUCCUGUUGUUGUUUUUUUUUAGUUAUGAUUAAUAUGUUUUUUUCUGUGUGAGAGAUAUGUGGUUGGUAUAUAUAUAUAUGAGCGUUUUGACGAAAUAUAACGAGAGUUAGGAGUUACUGAUUAUCUGUUGUUGCCAUUACCUUGGGAGUUUUAUCUAGCAUUUUGAAGGCUGUAGAUACAAUAAACAAAUUGUUGAAUAUUGUGGAUAAUUUAUUUAGGACGCUGAGACAAUAUUAAAGCAAAAGUUGUAUGCCCCCAUGAUGGUACUUUUGACCAAGGUACUACGCUGAGCAGGGGGUUAUUGUUCUAACGCUGCAGAAAUGCAUUUUUUUCUUCAGAUUAUAUCGAUGUUUGUGAGAUGGUUUGUCGGUCGCCGUCUGAGCGGCUGUUGUAUUUUGAUGUUAAAUAAUUAUCAAGAAUAUCUAUGUCAAUUUGAAUUUGUAAAGGGCUUCCACAUUGUCUUCCAAUUUAGGAUACUUUUACAUAUCAAACGAGAUAAUCCUAGACAUGAAUGUAACUGAAAUCUUAUUUUAGUCACGCAGUUGUAGUCUGACCUGUUGGAACUGUUGAGGUAACUGUUUACCUUCUUUUGGGGCCAAGGCAAUUAGUGCCGAAUGGUUCUUCACUCGUUAAAACAUAGUCUUUGACCUUGUAGCACCCGCGCGGCCCAGCGAUAAGGUCAAUCUAUUGGUGUAGUAAGAUGUGAAUGACGACCUUAUUAAAAAAAAAAAAGUUGUUUGUGGAGUUCAACACUUAGCAUCGUUUUUCUUGUUGUUGGUCCUGUCUUCACUUUAGAACACAGUAGUUUGUAUGCGAGCAAUAACAUCACCUCUUUUUAGCCGUUUGGUCUCCCUUAAUCCCUCGCCCCCCCCCCACCCCCGCCCCCGCUCUUACCCCCCCUUCCCUCGCCCCUGUGUGCCCUCCUGUCUACCGGUUACCCCUUCUAAAACUCCCCGACGUUGUCAGUGGUCCAUCGGAAACUUCUCGAACAUUCUUUUUUUUCUAAUUUGUCAUCAGCAAAUUUUGACUCAAAAAUUACAACUUCAAAAAAAAAACAAUCCGUGAGUCACAGUUACGGGAGUCUCCCACUUCCCCCCUCCCCUCCCUCCCCCUUCUUCCCCCGUCGCCCCCCCCCCCCUUCUUGUCAGUCUUGUUGGUGACAGCUCGCGUGGUUUUAGCCAAUCAGAAUCAGCGAAUUUGAGAAUGAAUCACAACUGCCAACACAGCAUCGAAGGCGUCGGUUCUCUUGGAGCCUUGCGCGCCUCACCAUUCAACCAUCCCUCCAGCCAAUCAGCGCACGAGUAGGAGUGAGACACGCCUUGCUCUGGCCCCGCCCCUUCUCUCAUAUGAUGCUUUCUUAUUGGCUAAAACCGAGCUAUUUUGUAGACUACAUAUUACUACCAAAUGUAAAAUAAGCAAUGAAUGUAUGUAUUGCCAGUAAGUUGAACUGUGUACAUGUUAUAUGUUAAGAUAAUGUUUUGCACCGACUCGUUAAUUAACCCUUUAUCCGCGGAAGAACCACAUAUGGUCGACGAACGAAUUAAUAAGUCAACAUCAGAACAAGCCAUAUAUGGUUUUGCCUCAUAUCUCUAUUCCCCUUGCAUUUUUCGGUGAAUGUUUUUAUCCCCAUGCCUUAGAUAUGUAUAUUUGCAGAUACAUUACUGUAAAAAAAAAUAUGUAAAGUAAUCGUACUCUUUCAGAAAUUACGAAGAAACUGAUAUGACAACAAUAAUAUCACAAGAGAAUUAAUUAAAAGCCAGCUGUCGGGAAGCCAGGUGAACUGAGCGCAGUAGGAACCUAUAUUUGAGGUCUUUCAGUGCCGUGAUUGAGUAAUAGUGUGAAUGCUUGAGUAUGUGUGUUUGUGUGUACUUCAGUGCUUUAAACAUCCAAUGUAUGUAAACCGUGAAUAAACAUUAUGGGUAUAAUCAGCAUGGGUAUAAAUCUGUUAGUAAGGUAGGGAAGGGCAAGAAAGGAGAGAAAAGUGAGAAAGUAAAAGAGCGAAAGAGAGAGAGAGAGAGAGAGUGAGAGAAAGAAAGUGAGAGUGGUGUGAGAGAAAUAUAAGUAGGGAAAGAUAGAGAGAGGGUGUUGAGUAAGCGUGAUUGCAUUUGUAAAUAUAAUUGUUGAUAAGAUAAUUGUGUAAAUGUAGAAAUGAAUUAAAGAGAUUAUUAGGAAUAACCUUAUCUUUAACUUAAAUCUCUCAGUGAUCUAUCACCUGAGGUCACUCGAAGUAGCGGUCAAGUGUGAUUGUGUGCAAUUGUAUUUGUGCAUAAGUCAUACUUGCACAUUUACUUAGCAUGCAUUAUCCCACGAAUUUCUAUCAGUCAUGACCAAAUAUAAUUUAAAUAAUUAUCUCACUCUCCAUCAUUUUGAAAAAUUAAAAGAUAUCUCUAAGACAGCAAUGGUAAUUUCAUUCUCAAUUAUGCUGCAAAUUCAAAUAAAAAAUAUUAUGCUUCUUCGGUAUCGCAGACUUUCAUUCUAACAGAAAAAUAAAUUGUUUUUAUUUUUUUUUGCCGUGGUGGGGGACCACUUUGGUGUUCAAGGUGCCGCGGUUAAAGGGUUAAAAUGCUAUCUAUAAUAUUGUAAGAAUUUAGUGCUUAAGUACUACCUUUUUCUUCAUGUUGAAUGCGUGGACUUUGUAGUAAACGUUGAUGUUAGAUUAUAUGCAGAGAGAACUCAAAAAAACAAAAAAACAAAAAUCGUGUGUCAGAUAAAAUUAAUUUUUUUUCAGUGUUGUGUUUUUAACAUCUCGACCAACACGAAUGUAAAAAAAAAGUAAGUGUGAGUACAAAGUUCAGUGUUCCAUAGAAAAAAAAAUCGACUUUCACCUGUUUGUAUAGUUAGGAACCUACAAGGGAGAAAAAGACGGACCACCAGACCUUCUUUUGGGUUAAUAACCUUCCCACGUUGUAUAAAGAACUAUGUUAGGAUACAGCAAGCGACUGCCGGCUCAGUUUUUUGGCUUCGAACGUGAGGUAAAAAAUAUUUUUGUAGCUCUGGCGCCUGUAUUAACACAGUGAUUUGUACACUUAUCGAAUCUCUUGUUUGUCCCACCUUCUGCGGCUUUACCGUAUCUGAUUAAGUACAUGAAGAUGUAAUACUUAAUCUUUGAAA